GGUUGAGUCUGUACGGUUCUCAUCGUCUGUAUAAGGACAGCCCACAGACCGGAUUUACUCACAUCUGAUACAGAACCUCCGAGAACAUGUCUGAAGUAGCGCCUGCCCCUGCUGUUGCCGCCUCCCCGGCGAAAGCCACCAAGAAGAAGCCCGCUGCCCGACCGAAGAGGGUCGGCCCCAGUGUGAGCGACUUGAUCGUGAAAGCCGUGGCUGCGUCCAAAGAGCGAAGCGGAGUUUCUCUGCCAGCGCUCAAGAAGACUCUGGCUGCCGACGGCUACGACGUGGAGAAGAACAAUUCCCGGGUCAAGGCCGCCGUGAGGAGCUUGGUGUCCAAGGGAACCCUGCUCCAGGCCAAGGGCACCGGAGCGUCCGGAUCCUUCAAGAUCAGCAAGGAGGCAAAGAAACCCGCCGCCGUCAAGAAGCCCGCCGCCCCUAAAGCCAAGAAGCCCGCCGCCAAGAAACCCGCCGCGGCUAAGAAGGCCGUCACCCCGAAGAAGGUCAAGAAGACCCCAACCAAGAAGGUAUCUGUUAAGAAAGCGACCCCGAAGAAGGCAAAGAAGCCAGCCGCAGCUAAGAAGGUUGUGGCCAAGGUUACAAAGAAAACCGUCAAAAGCCCCAAAAAAGCUCCCAAGCCCGUUGCCAAGAAGUCUCCGGCAAAGAAGGCAGCAAAGCCCAAAGCAGCCAAGAAGGCCGCCCCCAAGAAGAAGUAAACUGUCCAUUUGAAUUCCCCCAAAGGCUCUUUUCAGAGCCACCCACACAACUUUAGGAGCAUAUUCCAAAUGUAGGCCUACUUCUCUACA